AUGGCGCCCGUGUUUUCACAAGACCCCGGAUUGCCUUACAAGACCGCGCGGCUUAAGGUCUCGGUCCCGCGAGUCAAGAAGUUAAAUGUUGUUUCUGCUCCUCUCGGGCUGGGCGAGUGGACGGUGAGGCAUUUAGAGUUUAAAGUGAAAGAGAUUUCAGUGUUUAAGUGGCCAGAGUCACUGAAGGACGACCUCCCCCCUCCCUCCCCCCCAGGACCCCCGGCCACGCCCACAACAGCUCUUGCUAAGAUAUCCACGACUCCUCACCCCUCUUUCCCCCAACCACCGCCCUCUUCACUCCCAUGCCAAGCACCACAGCUGCCCUCGCCCCCCAUGCCCCUCCUCUCCACCCACGCCCGCGCCCAUGCCCUGGCCGCCCUGCCGAGCGAGCGUUCCCAGGGGCGCGGCACCAGUGACCGCAGGAGGGUCUCGGGGCCAGCAGGGCAAGCAGUUCCGGUCGUCACCCAGUAUGUCUUGUUCCCGGGUGAUUCGCGUUUACCUCAGUGGUUAACCAAUGGUAGAUCUGUUGCAUCGGAGGCGCCUUCCCAUGAGGGUCAAGUUGCUCCAGGCUGCCACUGCCACCGCAGCGCUGUCACUGGAGCCACGCUCACCUGCCCGGCGAUGCGGCUCUUGCGGCCUCCCGCGCCGGGCUCUUGCCCUUGCCGCCCCUCCCGCCGGCUCUUGCUGACCCCAUGUGACCGGGCUUUUGCUCUUCAACUGUUCCAUCCCGAUGUGAGUGGAACAGUACCCGGCUGCUCCCCUCCGGACGGGGCUCCUUCUCUUCCACUUCUGACGGGGCCAUCACGGCGCCCUCUUGUAGUUGUUCUUGCAGUUCCCCUUCUGCAGGAGCAGUUGCUGGUCCUCUUGCGGAAAUCUCCUCCGGGGGAUCUUCUUCUCAGUCUCCUCCUGAUAGCUUUCUGA